AUGCAAGACAAAGCAUUAUUACAUGAAGAUUUAUGUGAUAGAAUUGUUGCAGUUCAUGAUAUAUUUAAAAGAGCAAAUGAACGAAUAUCAUUUUACUAUUGCUUGUUAUCAUUUAUUGACAAAAAUAUCCUUUCAAUAGACAAAUGGAGAAUUAAUAAGUUUUUGAUGUUAGUGCGGCGUAUAUUUAGGCAUAUAUUUAGCUAUACCUCAAAAAAUAGUUGGAAUGAAUCUAUUUGCCAAAAGUAUAUUGAAAUGAUUGAUAAAAAUAUAUUUAAUAAUGAAGAAAGACAAUUUUCUAAUGUUAUGAUUUCACAUAUAGUAUCAGUGUUUAUGGAUGAAUUUGAUAAAGCUUUGAAUAAUGUUCCAUGUGAACCUGAACAACAAUUUAUAUGGUAUGCACCAUUUUUAAAAGCAUUGGAAAAAAGGGCUACUUCUGAUUAUGUAUUCGAAAGAAUAACUAAGGAAAUUUUUGAGGGUAUUUUAAUUAUUAUAGAAAUGGAAAAUAAUGAUGAUACUGCAAUUGAUAAAUCGAAUUAUCGUUUUCCUCUCAGUCAUAUUAGUAAUAGUAUUUUCAAUAUUGCAAAAUCUGAUAGUACAAAAUCAAAAAGACGUAAAGUACUUUACAAUAUUGUUGAAAAAUUUAAACUUGCUGAGAAAAAAUAUAAUUAA